AUCCACAACAUCUUCAGACCGAUCAAACACACAUAUCCCCUUGCUUACAUCAAACAACACCAAGCAUCAUGAAGACAUCAUCCAUCCUCCUAUCCCUCGCGGCGGCUGCCAUUGCCAUUGCCCAAGACCCGUUUUACAACAUCACAACCCCGCCAUUCAAUCUUCUCGUCGCAUCCGAUGACGGAUCUAUCGACACCACCCUUAGUGCCUGCCAUAUCGGAGCAGCCCUUGAGUCGCUUUGCCUCAGCGACGCCGACUUCGGUAGUAGCCCUACUACUCUCCGCCCCGCAGAGUUCCAAUUCAACUCUUCCAUCUACUCCCAGACACCCGAUGAAACCACAUCCUCGACCGGCAUCCUGACCUGGUGGUUGAGAACUGAUGCCGACACCAAAUACCCCUCAUCCAUGUCCUUCAACUACGACGCGACCACCGAUCUCGCGCUUCCCAUCAUCUUCCCAGGUGAUACAAACGCGCAGGUGCUGUCUUGGGAUAAGCAAGACAAAUUGACCAUCCAAGGCUACGUUCGGGGCCCCAACAACACCGGUAGCUACCAGAACUUCUACCGCUGGUACGCUUGCGAGACAUACUAUGGAAGCUACAACUACAAGAACUUGGCCUGGGCACUGGGAGCAGACGAACCAGAGAACGAGAGCUGUGUCCCAGUCACCGUGACGAGGACCUUUGUUUGAGAUGGAUACGGGGAAGUGAAUGGAGUACCUGGGAUUGAACAUGUCACGACGAGAAACGACCCUACCUGACCUAUGAACUUAUGUGCUACACGAGUAAUUUCUAAUAAACGAUCAUCGUUCUUAUCACAAA